AUGUUUCAUCAUAUGCCACCGGAGAUACUCCAUCUGAUUGCGCGUGAUCUUGAUAGUAAAGAUUUUUAUCACCUGGUAUCCUUGUCACAUCGAUUGUACACUGUAUUCCAACCCAGCCUCUACACCGAUGUGACUCUUUGCAGAUGGGAGGGGAAGCACCAAACAAUCCAACCCUUUCUAUACGCCGUGACCCGAACACCGAGGCUGGCUAGCUAUGUUCGGUCCCUGAAGGUGAAAUGGUGGGAUCCAGAAGCCCCCGACAAUGAGAAAUAUGACCAGAAAGUUGGAUUUGAUAGUAACAUUGUGCACACACUAGUUGCUGAAAGAAUGAGACACUCCGAAACAGAGAGAUCUAAAUGGUUGAAAGAUCUCGAACGGCAUAACAGCGAUGCUUGGUUGGCUUUGCUUAUUCCGCAAUUAAAGGAAUUGCGGAAACUCAGCCUUGUCUGGCCUCAUGGCCAAAAGUACGUUUUGGGUAUGUUUCAAAAGGCCGCUAUGGAGGAAGAAUCGGUAUUUCCUCACCUCGAGGAAGUCUAUGGAGCUUGGCACGAUUCAGAGAAUUCAUUCCCAUCACAUUACAUGCAUCCAUUCUUCAAAUUUCCGUCAAUGCGCAAAGUGGGCUGCUAUAUGUUGGCGGAGAAUGGUGAUUAUGAUUCCGAUGAGGGUGAUGAGUUUGAGCCUGAAUUGGACUCCCAAUUUCCGACGUGGGACACUCUCCCACCACAGUGCUCGAAUAUAACCGACAUCGACCUCCAAGAAAGCAAUGCUGGAAAUGGGAUGCGAGAAUGGGUUCGGGCCUGCAAAGCACUGAAAUCCUUCCGGGUUGUCCAUGGUGCAGGAGUGGUCUCGGGGGAUGACUUUCAGCCGCGGAAAAUUUACGAAUCACUUUCGCUCCAUAAGUCAACGCUGGAAUCGAUGUGGGUCGAAGCUAACGAUGGUGUUUAUAUGGAUACCGAUGACGAAUGGAUGGGGUCUUUUGUUGAUUUUACGACUUUGAAGCUUGUUUGUGCUUCUUUUGCCAAUCUGGUGGGACUUGAUGAGCACAAUCUACCCGUGCGAAGACUUCGGGAUGUUCUCCCUCCCUCGUUGGAAAAAUUAUAUCUUCCUGUCGAUGAGGAUGAAAGAUUUAAUGGAGCUUUGGAUCAGUUGGCGGAAUUAGCUGCCUCGGAGAGUUUCCCUGAAUUGGCCGUGAUAUAUCUUGAAUACUAUGAACUAAAGAAGCCGGAGAAUGUUGCGAAGCUUGAAUGGUUGGAGCAGAGGUGUCAAGAGGCUAGUGUUUUGUGUCUUCCACGUAACUCAAAAGGGUGGGUACAAGGAGAGAAGCAGUCCAUGGAAAUAAUCUGGCCCUGUAACGAGGCUAGCUUGCUUAGGUGGUGA